CCGAGCUCUGCCCGGGGAGGAGGGCCGCGCGGCGUCCGCGGGGAAGGAACUGCGAGGGGACGUAGGCUCUGGCGAGCGGCCGCUGGGCCGCGGGGCUGGUCAGGCGCCGCCUGGGCUCUGCUGAGCUGGGGGUUGCGCCCGCCUGGCCGACGGGUCCUGCUCGGCCAGGCGUCGAGCAGGUCGAGCGCGGAGGAUCGCGGCUUCGCGGCCUGAGAACUGAGCACCCGACGCUCCCCGAACUUGUCAGACCCAGCCUGGAAAUCCCCACAUUCCUUCCUCUCCCGGUUCCCAUCUCCGAAUUCGACUUUCCCAAGUUUGUCACCUCGAUUUCUCAACCCCAGAAAUAUCUAUUCAAAAUGUUGUCGCUGCAGAUUUGGCUCGUGCAAGCUCUGGUUGUUUUCCUCACCACUGAAAGUAUGGGUGAACUUGUGGAUACGUGCGGUGUUAUCAGCCCUGAAUCUCCAGUUAUCCGAAGUGGUUCUAAUUUCACUGCAUUCUGUGUGUUAAAGGAAAAAUGUAUGAGUAUUUAUGAAGUAAAUGCUUCUCACAUUAUCUGGAAAGCAAACCGUGUUCUUAUUCCUGAGGAGCAGUAUACCGUCAUAAACACAACAACAUCCAGUGUCACCUUUACAAAUAAAAGUUUAUCAAAUGUUCAACUUAUAUGCAACAUUCUUGCAUUCGGACAGAUUGAGAUGAAUGUCUAUGGAGUCAAAAUGCGAGUAGGCUUUCCUCCAGAAAAACCUAAAAAUUUAAGUUGCAUUGUGAAUGAGGGGAAGAAAAUGAUGUGUCAGUGGGAUCCUGGAAGGGAAACACACUUGGAAACAAACUUCACUUUGAAAUCUGAGUGGGCAACAGAGAAGUUUCCUGAUUGUAAAGCAAAACCUGACACCCCCACCUCAUGCACUGUUGCCUUUUCUCCCGUGUAUUUUGUCAAUGUGGAAGUCUGGGUAGAAGCGCAGAAUGCCCUUGGGAAGGUUACCUCCAAUCAUAUCAACUUUGAUCCUAUAGAUAAAGUGAAGCCCAAUCCACCUCAUAAUUUAUCAGUGAGUAACUCAGAGGAGCUAUCCAGUAUCUUAAAAUUAACAUGGAUCAAUCCAAGGAUUAUGAAUGUUAUAAGACUGAAAUAUGACAUUCAUUAUAAGACCAAAGAUGCUUCAGCUUGGAGCCAGAUUCCUUCUGAAGAUACAGCAACAACCCGAACUUCAUUCACUGUCCAGGACCUUAAACCUUUUACAGAAUAUGUGUUUAGGAUUCGCUGUAUGAAGGAGGAUGGAAAGGGCUUCUGGAGUGACUGGAGUGAAGACGCAAGUGGGAUCACAUAUGAAGCGAGACCAUCCAAAGCACCAAGUUUCUGGUAUAAGAUAACAUCCCAUACUCAAGGCUCUAGAUCUGUACAGCUCAUAUGGAAGCCACUGCCUCCUUUUGAAGCUAAUGGGAAAAUCUUGGAUUAUGAAGUGACUCUAACAAGAUGGAAAUCACGUUCACAAAAUUACACAGUUAAUGACACAGACUUGACAGUAAAUCUCACAAAUGAUCGCUAUAUAGCUACACUAGCAGCAAGAAAUCUGGUCAGCAAAUCAGAUGCAUCUAUUUUAACUAUCCCCGCCUUUGACUUUCAAGCUACUCACCCUGUAACAGACCUUAAAGCAUAUCCCAAAGAUAACAUGCUUUGGGUAGAAUGGACUCCUCCAAGUAAAGCUGUAAGGAAAUACAUUGUUGAGUGGUGUGUGUUGUCAGAUACAUCACCCUGUAUCCCAGACUGGCAGCAGGAAAGCAGUACCAUCCGUCGCACCUAUUUAAGAGGGAAACUAGUGGAAAGUAAAUGUUACUUGAUAACAGUCACUCCAGUGUAUGGUGACGGACCAGGAAGCCCUGAAUCUACAAAGGCAUACCUUAAACAGGCUGCACCUUCCAAAGGACCUACCGUUCGGACAAAAAAAGUGGGCAAAAAUGAAGCUGUCUUAGAGUGGGACCAGCUUCCUGUUGAUGUUCAGAAUGGAUUUAUCAGAAAUUAUACCAUAUUUUAUAAAACCAGCAAUGGAAAUGAAACCGCUCAAGGAGAAAUAGAAGCCAUAGUUGUACCUGUUUGCUUAGCAUUCCUGUUGACAACUCUUCUAGGUGUAUUGUUCUGCUUUAACAAGCGAGACCUAAUUAAAAAGCACAUCUGGCCUAAUGUUCCAGACCCUUCAAAGAGUCAUAUUGCCCAGUGGUCACCUCACACCCCUCCAAGGCACAAUUUUAAUUCAAAAGAUCAAAUAUAUUCAGAUGGCACUUUUACUGAUGUGAGUGUUGUGGAAAUAGAAGCAAAUGACAAAAAGUCUUUUCCAGAAGAUCUGAAAUCAUUGGACCUAUUCAAGAAGGAAAAAAUUAGUACCGAAGGACACAGCAGUGGCAUUGGGGGGUCUUCAUGCAUGUCAUCUUCUAGGCCAAGCAUUUCUAGCAGUGAUGAAAAUGAGUCUGCGCAAAAUACUUCAAGCACUGUCCAGUAUUCUACUGUGGUACAUAGCGGCUACAGACACCAGGUUCCAUCAGUUCAAGUUUUCUCAAGAUCCGAAUCUACCCAGCCCUUGUUAGAUUCAGAGGAGCGGCCAGAAGAUCUACAGUUGGUAGAUAAUGUAGAGAGUGGUGAUGGCAUUUUACCCCGUCAACAGUAUUUCAAACAGAACUGCAGUCAACCUAAAACCAGUCCAGAUAUUUCACAUUUUGAAAGGUCAAAUCCAGUUUCAUCAGGCAAUGAGGAAGAUUGUCUUAGACUUAAACAGCAGCAGAUUUCAGAUCGGAUUUCACAGUCCUGUGGAUCUGAGCAAAUGAAAAUGUUUCAGGAAGUUUCUGCAACAGAUGCUUUUGGCUCAGAGACUGAGGGACAGGUAGAGAGAUUCGAAACAGUUGGAAUAGAGGCCACAGUUGAUGAAGGAAUGCCUAAAAGUUACUUACCACAGACUGUAAGACAAGGUGGUUAUAUGCCUCAGUGAAAGACUAGUUCCUCUUACUACUUCAACAGUACCUAUGAAGCUAAGAAUAUUUUAUCUGUGAUCUCAGAUAAAAAUAAUCUUCACUCCCUGAAGAUAAUCAUUUGCCCUUAAGGAUAAAAUCUCACUUGGGCUAUUUCCAUUCCAGAAUAUCUGGGAUUGCACUUUAAGCACUACAGAAACUGACUUUAUCCUCUGAAUAAUGAAUAAUUUUGUAUUCUUUCUGAAUGUUUGCACUGAAGAAAAUUGGCUUGUCUGAAAUUGUAAAGUAAAACUUGUGUUUUCCUACGCAGAAGACAGAGGUUAAAGAGUGAGCAGUGAUACACAGUACUUCAGAUAGCUAUACUGUUUUUUGAUUAGAAUAAUCAUCAAAAAGUAGGUUAGGGAUGGUUAAUUAAAAAAUAAGAGUAGCAAGGCCUGGAUCCUCUACUUCAGCUGCCCACAUAAUUUUUAAAAGAGGCCCAUAGAGCUUAACUAUGUGAGCCUAGUUUUUGAGUUCUGACAGAAAGAAAUGGUGGGAGCAGGCUCAUUUAUAGUUUAAAAAGUCAUCAGUUCCCUUCUGCUGCUAAUGAUGCUGCCACUUGUUACUGAGAAAAGGAAGUUAGAGCUUUACCUUGGCAGAAUAUAUUCACUUUUUUAAUAUGUAAUUUUUUAAAUAUCACUAAAUUUUUUAAAUUUACUUAUUAUUGACAACUUUUUUGAAGCUUCAUCUCACAAAUUCAUUAAAGUGCCCUGCUGAGAGCUAGCUAUAAACCCCAGACUAUCCUCAGCAUUUUAAAAAUUGUUAUUUUUAAAGGCUUAAAUUAACAUUUCCCCUAUACAUAUAUAUAAACAUCAUUGACCCUUGUUAAGACUAGAAGAUUUGGUUGACAAAGCACUUUACACUAAUAUGUUGUCAGCCUAAAAUGUAUUUUAAUUGAAUGUACUUUUUAAGAAUGCCAAGUUUUAAUUUUUCUCUUAUGAGGUAUUUGUACCAAACUUGGAGGACAGUAUUUAUAACAAAAACAGAACCCCCAAAUACACAUAUUGAUCUUAGUAAGUAUCACAGCUAGCAAAUAUCCUUACACCUAAUUAAGAAGUAGGGGUUUUUUUCCCCUGGGGUAGGUUUGCUUUUUGUUUUUCUUUUUUUUGGUACCAGGUAUUGAACUCAGGACCUUGUGCUUGCAAAGCAGGUGGCAGAACUACUGAGCUAAAUCCUCUGCUAGUUUAUUUUUCUUUGAGACAAGAUCUCACUGUGUUGCCUAGGCUAGCCUGGAACUCCUGGGCUCAAGCUAACUCCCUGCCCAGCCUCCUCAGGGGCCGAGACUAUAAGCGUGUGCCACCAGACCCAGCAGAAGGUAAUAUUUUCAUGACUACCAGUAUCUUUAACCUCUUCCUUCCAUUUAUUUUCAUCAGGGGAGAAGUGAGCCAGACUUUUAGGCUUUAAUGCUAGAAUUUCUAAUGCAUUUAUGCUAUCCCCUCAGUAUCACAUGUGACAUGGACGAGAGAUAAAAUGCUGAGUAAAAAAUUGUUGCGCUUUGUUAGUGCUUGACUACUACCACCAAGUAAAUUCAGAGGAAAAAAAUUUUUCUCUUAAAAUAAGUUUCAGAAAACAGGCAGACUUAAAGUAGUUUCUAGAGGUUAUUAAAGAAUAAAAGCUAAGAAAAAUUGGUAUGCAUUUGCAGUUGAAAUUCUUUUUACUCUUAGAAUAUUGUUAAUAUUAGACUUCCUGUUAUAUUAUAUCUUUUGUACUUCUUACAUUUAUAUAGUGCCUAAUACUUUCCUGACUUCUUUCACAUAUACGGAUCUUUGUGAGAUGGUAGAUGCUUUAUUCUGAUAGAUCCAGUUUUCUCCUGUUGGCAAAACCAACAUUAGAUUGGUAAAAUGACAGGAUUAGAAGUGGAUGAGGAAAAUAAGGCACAGAGAGGUUAAGUAGGGUCAAAGAAACCCAAACUCACACUACAAAAUAAUGGCAUCACCACUGUCCACCUUGAUCAUCAAGGGCUUGUCCAGAUCAGAACUGGAUUUGUCUUGCUAUGUAUAUGUCUGUCAGGAAAUUUAUACCUAUUAAAUUUUCAUUUUCUCUAAGUAGUCAUGUUAUUGUACUGGUGUUUAGCUAUAACCUUCUUCAUAACAAAUAGUGUUGUGAGGAACAGUGUAGUGUGAAGUUUGUACAUUUGGGGGAUAGUUAUAAAAUGUGAACUCAUGGGAUGAGAAUGUUCAAUGAGGAAAUGACCUCAAGUAAGUGAAUUUGCAUGUUGAAACCCAUAGAGAAUAUGACACACCAAGCAGUGCCCCCAGCCAUAGAGCACUUUAGGUAUAUUAAAUGGUUAUAUGGUUAUGGUGCAAAAAUUCAUUUAGGAAAUAUGUAUUUGAGCACUUAAUAUGUCUAUUUUUGCCCUAAAGGAAAAAAAAAAACUUGUUUUAACUACAGUUACUUUCCUAGAGCAUGUUUUAGAGUAAUGUGUUUUGAUGCAUGUACAUUGUAUUUUAGGUAUGCAGAGAAACAAAUCGGAUUUAUUUACGUAAAAAUUAAAGUUAGUGGAUUUAUUACUCUUUAAAUCAUUAGUGUUUAAAGUAGUGCUAGCACAUUAGAAAACAGCCUCCUUUUGGACAAAAUGAAUUCACUGCUUUUGAUGCAGUUUCCCCCUUUAGAAUUAAAAAAAAAAAAAAGAUCCAACAUAUGUUGCAUGUGUUGCUGUUGUUUGACUGUCAGUUACUGGUGUCUUUGGUAUUGUGACCUCAUCUCUCAUGAAAGCAUAAUGCUGAAGUGGCCAGCUGUGGUGGCGCACGCCUGUAAUCCCAGCACUCGGGGCUGAGGCAGGUGGAUCGCUGUGAGUUUGAGCCCAGCCUGGGCUACAUAGCGAGUUUAAGGCCAGCCUGAACUACAUAGUGAGAUGCUGCCUAAAAAAAAAAAAAGCAUGAUGCUGAAUAACUAUUAGAAAACUCUGAAACUUCAUACUUUCUAUCUUUUAUUAAAAUCUAAAUUUUUAAUCCUUUUCUUAGCAUGAAUCAGUACUCAGGAACAUAUCCAAUAUUUGAGUAGAAGCAGGGAGAAAAAUGCAAAAUCCUAUGUAUUUGGGUCUGUUCUCUACCUGUUCAUUUAAUUUCACCCUUGUUGAUAAGGGAUUUUACCACAUGGAGUCAUCCAGUAACCCUAGCUAGCUCUUAUUGUGAAACUAAAAGUUAAGGGAGUAUACUUAAAAGAUACCAUUUAUUAAAACUCAUUUAAAGUAAAACAUCAAAACAUUUAGGAAUAAAUAGAAAUCAGACAUACAAUUUUUAAAGAUGUCUUUUUUUCUAUGUAAUUAGUUAAAACCAUUACCUAAAAUGUAAAACUAUAGCAAUCAUAUAGAAUUCCCAAGAUUUCUGUUUCAAAAAUCUUAUUUUGGUGAGGUAAGUAAAAUAAUGUAAGCAAUAAGCUUACAUAAAACUUAAAUCAUUUUUAAAUUAUUGAAUUAGCUUUCAAUUGCAGUACUACUGUUAAUAUUACCCAAGUUAAGACUUUUUUAAAAGAUUAGUUUUACUUUUCUAAAAAUCAGAAAAUAUGCAGUCAAAAAAAUGGCAAAGUAUUUAGAGUUAGCUUGAAAUUGGAUAUUAUCAGAUUUCAGACAUACAAACUAGCAAACAUAUAGCCUAAUUCCUCUUUAAACUGGUUCUUGGCAGCCAUUUCUUUUUACUGGUAAUAAACAGAAUUCAGGUGUAAGUCAAAAGAAAAUUUUCUAAAGCUAAAUGUACUUUUAAAUUAAUCUUUUUCCAUCACAUAUGCUAUUAGUGUAUGCACAUAAUAUUCUAGUAUACAUUGCAUCAAAGAUAAAAAGAUGGCAGCUCAGAAUGAGCUCUUUUAUUCCUUGUUCCUCUUAUUUCUGAGGACUUUCUUCAGUCAGUAACUCCUUCAAACAGGUUAGUUUAAUUCAUUACCCAGUCAUUCAUAUAGUUGAUGGAUGAUGAUGAAAAUACACUUAAAGCCAGUGAUGAUGAAUGUUCCAGAUCUUUUUAGCCCUUGAGCAUAAGCUUUGUCUGGUAACUACACAUUUCAAAUGCUAUUACAUUAAUACCAAAGUGUGAUGUGUCAGAAAGGGUGUUAUAAAGGUGAGUUUUUGAAAACUGUCAACGUGUACGUAUAUUAAAUAAUAUACUCUGCAGUUUGCUAGCAUGACAUGCAGCAAUUAGCAUUAGAUAUGUCUCCUUUAUAUCCUAGCUGUGCCUCACUUACUUGUAAGUGCAAUCCUUUCCUGUUCACUUGUUGUUUUACUCCACCUCAUCUAACUUCAUUUGGAAGACUAUAUUGUAUAUAUUUUUGCCUUUGCAGUGAUUUGCAUGUGCUAAUUGUAACCAGAGCUAUCAUUUUUAUGUUGACAUAACUGUUAUCAUAAAUGUUUCACUGUAUAUCAGUUCUAAUCAUUUACAAUACUAAGAAAUAAAUUCUUGUUCAAGUU